GUGUGGUUAUCGCCGUGUUCUCGCUCUCUCCCCUGUACAAGUGGACUUCCUCAAGGCAAUAAAUAGCUGAAAUGCUUACGUUAAAUGAAGGCAGGAAACUAAUAAUCUAUGCCGUGUAUGGGGGCAGGUUUUAAUUGUGAUAGCCGUUCUGGUUCCGUUUACUUCUGCAGUUGUGGUCGUCAUUCCAGCUUGGUCACGGAGACAGUCAUCGCCCAUGGAAAAGAUGAUGUCCAAAGAAAAUUUGGAACUCUGAAGUCGACUUUUCAGCGGGAAUUACGAAAAAUCCAAAGCACACCAAGUGGGUCAGCUGGUUCCGUGGAGCUGAAAUGGGAGUAUUUCAAGAGCUGCUCCUUUAUGAUCCCAGUGAACAGUUGCACUCCCAGAAGGACAUCAUUUGAUACCUCUGAACCACAGGAACCAGAGACUAUAGUGCUUUCCAUAUCAAGUGAAAACUAUGAAGAGGGAACAUCCAAUAGUAAUUGGGGUGAGAGUGAUGGUGCACAACCACAAGUAUGCAACAUCCCAGACCUAACGCCACCCCAAACACGUUCUACUUCAUCAUUGUCCGUGCAUAGUGACAAUUAUUUUGAUGGAACCCAUGUAUCUACUCCAUCCUCCUCCUCCUCCAUUUUCCAGAGAUCAGAUACAAGGGUAAAAAAAGAGGAGGAAAUUACAAUGCUCAGCAGAAGGUGAAUGUUUUGACAAUAUUUUGGAUAAAGUUGAUUCUAUACUGAAUCAACCAGAUCCAUCAUGUGAUCCUGCUAUUAAAGCAGCCACAAAUGCUAUAGCAGGUUUCAUGGCUCCCCUGUCUAAAAAAGAUAAGAAAGCUGUGUACUUAAGGAUUAUUAAAGUUUUGCAAGAAUAUCCUAUUGAUUUGGAUAAUUUAGAUGAUUAGUUUUUUGUCUGUUAGUUUUCUAUUAAUUGUCCUAAUAAUUUAAAAAUUAUAUACAGUUUUGUUUAAAGAUUCUAUCAACAUACACCUCUUUUAAUUAUGAAGUAUUAAAAAAAUAACACAAUGCAUUGAACAGUAGAAUAGGAAAACUUUAGUUAUAUUGUUUGGUCUUUUUGUUUUCUUUUAAUUUUUGCAAAUAAUUGUAGCCUCAGAUGAAGGCAUUUAUAUUGGUUGUUCUGUGAUAGUAGUGACACUCUUAUUUGAAACUGUAAAAUUUACUGUGUAUAAUUAUCUUGUUUUGACAGUACUGCAAUAUUACUACACAAUAAUGAACUGUCCAAAAGUCUAAAAUAAGAGUUCAUAGCAAAAAAAAUGUUUUUUUAUUUUUGUGUCAGUCUUCCUGGAUAUUGUUCUCUUGCUGCUUGCAAUAUUUCACCACCAUGCUUAAAUUUAACAU